AUGGCAAAUGCUACAAACCCUACUGCUGCAAAUGUAACGCUUAAUCCAGAGCUUGAAUUAGCAUUAACACUGUCAAAUUCAGAUAAUCCUGGCAUAAAACUGGUUAGUAAUCCUCUUACUGGUCCAAACUACUUGUCUUGGACAAGAUCCAUGAUAAUUGCCUUAAGAGCCAAAGAUAAGCUUGGAUUUGUUACAGGCAAGAUAUCUAAACCUAAUUCUGACGCUCCUGAAUAUAAGAAAUGGAUAACAGUAGAUUCUAUGAUCAUUUCAUGGAUUUUAAACUCAAUUUCUAGAGAUCUAUCAGAUGGAUUUCUGUAUGCACCAUCUGCUCAUGAUCUAUGGAAUGACAUAGCUGAGAGAUUUGGGGAAAGUAAUGGUCCUUUAUUUUUCCAAAUCAAGAAAGAAUUGGCUAAUAUAAGCCAAGGAUCUAUGACUCUUGCUGCUUAUUAUAACAAAUUAAAAAGAUAUUGGGAUGAAUUGUCAAUACUUUGUCUCUUGCCACCAUGUGCUUGCGGUGUAGCUAAGGAAUUAACUGCUUUUGAAGAAAGGGAGAGAUUGAUACAGUUUCUCAUGGGCCUGAAUCAUCAAUAUGAGAAUGUGUCUAAUCAGAUUUUGUUGCUUGAUUCAUUACCUUCUGCAAGUAAGGCAUAUGGAAUGGUACAAAAUGUAGAAAAACAGAAAGAAAUUCAAGUAACAUUUCCUGAAUCUUCUGACAUCACAACUGUUAUGGCUGCUUAG